GCUGCCGCAAAGCCCCAUCCUCCAGGGCUUUUUAAACACCGUGUUUGCUUCACGCUCUAACAAUAUCAUCCAAUUGAAGAGCCGCAGAGCUAAAUGCACUGAACCGACGGUCAUCGUGGGAACAACGCCGAGGAGCACCAACCGUUAUGGUUUAAUAGAAGACAACGAAGGCAUCGUCAAAAAAGAGAGAGAUAGAGAGAUACUGGGCUGCGGGUCACUGGGUUUGACGCCUAAUCUGCCUUAGCAUUGUCGCUCUCGGAGAAGGUAGUCAAAACAAGAGGGGGGACUCGGUGAAAUGUGACCGUUAUUCGGUUAUUUUCAAUGUGGUUGGGACUGCAGCCGACUCGGUCGUUGCAGCUUGCUCGGUACGUUGAUGCAGCAGCGCACGGCUGAGGGGUUAAAAUCCACCACCGGAGCUUGGAAGACAAUAGGUGAAAUACACGCCGGCCUGGACUCCCAAGACUGCACUAAACGACGGUCUGAAUCCACUUCACUCUAGUGUCCGUGUGAGUAAUCUGGUCAGAGAGUGAAGUGACAGCCAGCAGGUUGCUGGUUCAGCAUGGCAGCUGUAGUGAACUACUCCCCACCUUGGUGGGUGAAUCUGCUCCACCGGUUGCCUCAUUUCAACAUCGAAUUCCAGCUUGUGAGCAGUGAUUUCAGGCCGGAGGACUCUGAGUAUCAGAAGUCUGUUUUGCUGCUGGGAGCUGUGGCGUUACUAUGUCUGGGCCUGGACCUCCUCUUCCUCCUCUUCUACUCUUUUUGGCUUUGCUGCCGGCGACGCAAGAGUGACGAAUCCUCACAUUCUCAUUCGCACUCCCAGCAGCCCAGUGCAGACUGCUGCUGCACCGCCUGGUGCGUCAUCAUCGCUACACUUGUCUGCAGUGCUGGGAUUGCUGUGGGAUUCUAUGGAAACGGGGAGUCAAGUGAUGGAGCCAAUCGUUUGGCGUACUCCCUUCGUCAUGCCAACCGCACCGUAUCUGGGGUGGAGAAACUGGUGACAGACAGCGCCUUAGCCUUAAACCAGACAGUGGAGGAGAAUCUGGUUCAGUUGGAGACAGCCUUCCAGGAACAGACAGACUACGUAUCCAUCGUCCAAAAGCUGCAGGGACAGCUGGACGAGCUGGUGAGGCUGAUGGCAGAUGUCCCCUUCUGGACCAAUACAGACAUCUCGCUGGAGGACCUGGCCCGCAAGACGGAGGCCUUUGACUUUUACAGGUGGUUGGGAUACCUUGGAUUGCUGCUGUUUGAUGUUCUCAUUUGUCUUCUGGUGCUGUUUGGCCUUAUACGCAACUCUAGAAGCACCCUGAUUGGAGUGUGUCUGCUUGGGGUUUUGACUCUGAUAAUCAGCUGGGGGUCUCUCGGCCUGGAACUGGCUGUCGCUGCUUCCGCCAGCGACUUCUGCGUUUCCCCAGAUACCUACAUCACCAGGGUAACCAAGGAAAAUGCUGUCAUCAACCAAGAUAUCCUGCAGUAUUACCUGAGGUGCAACUCUGGCCAAAUCAACCCUUUCCAGCAGAGGCUGUCCGGGAGUCACAAAGCAUUGGUGGAGAUGCAGGAUGAUGUGGCAGAGCUACUGAGAUCAGCAACACGUGAUUAUGCCAGCACCAAGGGGAGUCUUGAACAGAUCCAGACCGUGCUUAAUUCCACCGAGGUCGGCCUCCACCAGCUGACCGCUCUGGUCGACUGUCGCAGCCUACACAUGGACUACGUCCAGGCUCUGACUGGGCUCUGCUACGAUGGUGUUGAAGGUCUCAUCUACCUGGUUCUCUUCUCCUUUGUCACUGCUCUGAUGUUCUCCUCUAUUGUGUGCAGCGUGCCACACACUUGGCCUGGGAAGAGGACGGAUGAGGAAGACGGAGAGGACGAGUCGGGCGCCUCACGGGGCGGUGUGCACGAUAACCUGUACCGCGUUCACAUGCCCAGUCUCUACAGCUGUGGCUCCAGCUACGGCAGCGAAGCUAGCCUGCCUGCUACAGCCCACACUGUCAGCAAUGCCCCCGUCACUGAAUACAUGAGCCAGAACGCAAACUUUCAGAACCCUCGGUGUGAGAACACCCCCCUGAUUGGCAGGGAGUCCCCUCCACCCUCUUACACCUCCAGUAUGAGAGCAAAGUACCUGGCCACCAACCGACCAGACCAGAACCGACGCUCCGUACCCAACGACCAACUGGACCCCGCCAGCCGACCUCACCCCACUGCCCGACCACAGUCCUCCGUCCACUAGAGACCUGAGUCGCACCAGUUCAUCCCGGUACUGCCUGAAUCCAGUUCUCAAAGCCAAUUUCCAACUCAAAAGAGAUGAAUGCUUGAAGUAAGACACGGUUUGUCAAGGUCUUCUGGAGCUCCCCAACACACAAAACGCAGGACUCAUCAACCAAACACCUCGGCUAAGGACUGCACUUUGAUGGUCAAACUCUUCUCCUCAGCCCACAAUUAUCAAAAAAAGAAUAUUCAAAGCAGAAGAUAAGAAUCCCUCUUCCUCCACUAGGAUCCGCACACUGCCCUCUAGUGGAGACAGCCACUACCACCACUCAGACCGCACACUCUCACACAAACAAGAGCAAACACAUGCACCAACACCAACACUGUACAGAGCUGUAAAUAGCAAACAUGUGCUUUACUCUGAUUUCAUGAAAAGUAGACUGUUGAUUCAUUACUGGUGAUGUGGUGUGCUGUGUGUUUAUCAUGGAAACCUUUGCUGUAUCUCUUAUACAAACACACGCACACAUCUGUCAACCACACAUCUGUAUAAAUAAUAAGCCAGUGAAUCAGAAAGCCAUGUUUAAAUAGAAAUAGGUCCACCGCAUACAUACACGUUCUCUUUAACCUUACAUUGUCGUCUAACUAAGACUUGAACCAUGAGCUUGAAAAACGUGUCCACAUGUUUCUUCAUAUUUGUUUACGUGCACAUGCAGUACACAAGUCGAUUAAUGCAUUUCAAAUACGAGCCAGAAACCCUGAAGUUGAAUGACUGGGAACAGAGUGAGAGAUAAAGGAUGUAGGAAGGCUCAACCUGUGCCAAAAAACUCUAAAAACGAGAGAUGCCUGUUCUGUCCUCUUCUCCUACUGCCUCCAGAUGUCUCAAAAAGGGAAAAAAAAAAAACUCACUUGGAAUGUUUUCCUCCUGACUGUACAUAAUAAGGAGAACAGGAAAAGACUUUCUUAACAGAAAAACGACGGACAGAAGUGAGAUAAAACUCAAUGAAAAACGGUGACUACACAUUUUGCAAGGUGCUAUGUCAGACAGUCGAGGUCCCUGAAGACGAUCAGGUCUGAGGGGGGCAGAAUAUUUUUUUGUUUUUUACCUUAAUGUGUUGUUUUUAUUCAGGGAUGUUAGGAAAAUGAAAAGCAGUAAAAAUAUAACCAUUUUUUAUUAGUGCUAAAUGGAAAUUGUGUCCAUAAACAUGUUGAAAAUAUGCCCCUGGUAGAUUUAUGGAUCACUUUAUUAGGUACACCCAUCCUGCUACUCAUCAACACAGAUAUCUAAUCAGCCAAUCACAUUACAGUAAGCAAUUCACUUGGGCAUAUAGACACAGUGAAGAAAAUAUGCUUAAGUCCAAACAGAGCAUUAGAAUGAGGGAGAAAGGUGAUUUAAGUGACUAUUGUUGGUCUGGCAGAUUUUCAUGCUGUUUACACCUUCUGACCCUACCGUUCAACUUAUCUGACUAGGCGAUUCUUUUUCUUUAGCAUUAUAAAAAAAUGCCUCAAAGACCUCAUUCCUCAGCCACUGCUUUUGUCGUCCAGGUGGGAAAGUAUCCAAUUUAAAUGUAUUAUUAGGGUGUGAGUGUACCUCAACAAUCAGGCUGCAGAUCCCUAUUUUCAUGUUCCUUCCAUCCAUCCAUCCAUCCAUCCAUCCAUCCAUCUUCUUUCGCUUAUCUGAGGCCGGGUAGCAGUGGUAGCAGGCUGAGCAAGUCAACCCAGACAUCCCUUUCCCUAGUGACACUUCCCAACUCCUUCUGGGGGAUCUUAAGGAAUUCCCAGAUCGAACAGGAUAUAUAAUCCCUAAAGCACAUACUGAGUCAUCCACAAGGUCUGCUGCCAGCUAGGCAUGCCUGGAAGACCUCCAAAGGGGGGCGCCCAGGAGGCAUCCUAAUCAGAUGCCAGAACCACCUCAAGUGGCUCUUUUUGAUACUCUUAGUUCUCUUCAGGUGUCAAACCUCCUCACCCUCUCUCCAUGGCUGAGCCCAGACACCCUCUGAAGGAAACUUGUUUUGGCUGCUUAUAUCUGCAAUCUCAUUACCAAGAACUGAUGACCAUAGGUAAGGGUUGGGAGGUAGAUCAACUGGUAAAUCGAAAGCUUUGCCUUGCAGCUCAGCUCCUUUUUCACCACAGCGGUCCAGCACAACGCCCGCACUGCUGAUGCUGCACCAAUACGCCUGUCAAUCUCACGCUCCCUGUUAUCCUAACUCGUGAACAAGACCCCAAGAUACUUGAACUCCUUCACGUGAAGCAGAGACUCAUCCCCAAUCGGAGAGAGUAAUCCACCAUUUACUGGCAGAGAAUUUCUCAUGGUAUUCAGAUCAAAUUUCACUGCACAACUCUCACUUAACAAACUGAACAUGAAUUCCCUGCAGUUUGUGAAAUACUCUUAAGCGGCCCAUUGGGCACCAACUACAUUGCUGAACCAACUACAUUUAAAGUCACUUAAUUAAACUUUUUUAUCACUCUGAUGCGUUGUGUGGACAUCAGCACACCGUUUUGACCAUGCCUAAAUGCAUUGGACACUGCAAUGGAGUUGGCUGAUUUGAUAUUUGUGUACAUGUAGAGUUGAACAGGGGUCCUUUAUAAAGUGAUGCGUGAAUGUUUUAACAUUACAAACAAGGGUCCAAGGAACGUCAAGAAAGUGAGUGUUUUUUUAUGUUUUAUCAUGAGCUGGAAUUCGGGAUGUGAAACUGUGACAAACUGUUGUAUUUUGUUUCUUCUUUACUUCCUGUGUUUUAUUUUGUAAACUAGUGGCCUCUUAUCAACCUGAAGCCACUAUUUCUUUUUGUUUCUUCUGUUUUUUUUUUUAACCCACAAGCACAAAUUCUCCUCAAUGUGACUCUGUGAGAUGGAGAAGAAAAAAACACACUGCCUGGGACACUGCCGGUGGAUUAUCUCCUCCUGCCCUGAAACUCUCUGUACAGUGUAAAAGAAAAAAAAAAAAGACGUAUCCGUAAAUCUGUAUGUGUGACAUCACUGCAGCGUGAUUGGCUAUUGCUCUAUCUCAGUGUUAGUGUGUGUAAGUAAAGUGAUCAGUGUGUCUGACUGGCAGCAAGCAGGGGCCAGCCUAUCUAGCCUGAGUCAUUACUACACAGACGUCACGCAUGUUCUUAUGCACACAAACAUGCUGUACAGACAUCCUCAUCUAAAACACAGACAUGACUUCAUAUAAAAUACAUCGUUUCCUACUUUUGACCUGUUUACAUUCACUUCUAGAGCUGUAGUAACCACCUGCCCCUGCCACAACCCUGACAUCACACUGAUAACCAUUUGCAUUCUGGGUGAUGUAGUAGAAGUUUCAGAGAAAACCUGGAAUGUAGAAAUUAGCAUUCAAACACAUUUCAACCACCCAUUCCUGUACAGCAUUUUAAUAUGUUCCUCUUAUUAAUCAAU